AUGAACAAUGCGAGGUACCUUCGCGAGCUGGACUUUGCACGCUCCUGCUUCUACGAUUCCUCGGGCAUUUUCGCGGAAAUUAGACGGAAGGGUGGAAGCGUCUUGCAGACGGCGACCUCCAUUCGUUAUCGCCGACCCAUACCUGUCUUCUCGCCGUAUAAGAUAACCGCGCAGCUAGUCCACUGGGACGACAAGAGUCUCUACAUCGAGCACGAGUUCGUGAGUUUGUCGGACGACUUUGUGUACACCACCGCUCUAAGCAAACAGAGUGUCAUGGGGCCGAAGGUCCACAUACCCGAUAUAAUCGAGAAAAUCGAACCAGGUACCCGUCUGCCGGAACCCAGCGAGGAGCUCUCGCUGUGGCUCAAGUCUAUAGACGAAUCGUCUCUCAAAUUUAAGAGGAUAAGACAGGAUAAGGAUUCGGAGAAGAACGACGGAGAGAAAGAUGACGUUGAAGUUUUUCUGUCAAAUCCUGCUUAA